AUGACUUGGGCCAGGAGGCGGAUGAUUGUUUCGGCUUUUCUGCGCUGGAUGGAUGGUUUCGGAAGAAAAGGGCGUUUUGGAGUUCGAAAGACGAUUGCGUCGAGAGACACUCCUUAUGACAAAGCUGAUGCAAUCAGCUGCUUACCAAAGAUACCUUUUGGUAAUGGGUUUGUGAACUGUAUCCCUCACCGGAUCAAGACAUUGCUGCCACUUAGUGUAAGCCUGACCGUGCUUAUGUCUUCGCUCUGCGAGAGGUUGCGGCAUCGCUCUGCGUAUCCGAACCUGACUACGAGAGACUGGGACUGGAUCUCGCUGCUCAGCCUCAUGCUAAUCUGGAUAUCGAACGGUGGUUAUGCUUCAAAAGGAUUUAUGAUUGCCAUAGAAACUAUAGAUGAUCAAUCGACUUUGCUGCGUUCGAUCCUAUUGUGCCCUGACAAAAUCUCCUUGUGUGGGAACGGAGGUAGCUAUUCUCUAGAAACUUCCUUUCUGACGCGCCAGAUCAACUCAUUCGAUCCGAAAGAACUCAAUGUCUCCCGAGAUUUCUGCGUCCUGCGAAUUGCUUUGCAAACGGGCAUAGAGUCGCUGAAAGGCUCCUGGAACAAACUGCGUUGCUUUCGUCCUCAUGCCGGUAUAGUUGCGAAGAAAAAUUCCACCUCUAUGAGUGAAUCAACGGAAUCACGAGCUUGGAACAUUAGGAAGUCUCACAUGCUUUUGUUACUGGUCCUGCUUGUGAAGGCGAAGAGUCUGACUGGAGGCCCUAUUGUUACAUGUGAGAGGGACGUCCGUGCUUUGCCAUCGUUUGCUGCUUCACGUUCGAUUAUAAAAGGCAAUCUUCAACCUCCUUUCAACCUCAAACAUACAAACUUCGACCAGCAACACUCCUUCUCAGACAACCACCUCUUCACGACUACACUCGCCCAUCCCAAGCACUUUUCACGCCCUACCGACACACCGCGAGCGCAAAUAUCCAGUCCCAACGCCACGAUUCUUGCCUCGACCAGCUUGAUCGUUUGGUUCCACACCCAGCUCUCCCCGCCUGCAUACCGUAGCCUUUGCGCGCUUUUGGAGUGCGCUGAAAUAGCCGACGGUUACGAGGACGGCAUGCUGACGGUCUGCUUCAAUGGCGCUGAGAUUGUAUUCGCCGACAAGAUGAAAAACUCCACAGUCAUCUUUGCGAAGCCCACUGAGCCGUCCGACGUAGACAGCAAGGGAGGCAGCAAGAGUUCUUCCGGUGGCUCACGCUCCGACGCCAAAGCUGGCAAGGCCCCUCCGCCGUGCUCUAAGAAGGGAGAUGGCAAGGGCCAAGAUGGCGGAGAAGGCAAUGGUCGACGUAGUGGGGAUCCACCAACGCUUGGAAAGGUGCUCCGAACACCCGUGAACGUGAAGUUCGAUCUCCCAGACAUGGCACUCGGCGCUCGCGAACUAUGCUGUUACUUUCCGCACCAGUCCCAGUGGGCUGACUACCUGAUUCGGCUUCUGCGCAACGGGUGGAAGGUCAAGGAUAUCGCGAAAGCGCAACUCUUCCACCGUGGUGAGCUGAAUGCCACCAAUCUGACCAGGCGACACGAUGCUCUCCGUCACCAAGUUCUCGUCGCGGGCCGCGAUCACUACAACGACGAGAAUUGGACAACCACGAGAUGGCUACAAGCCAGCCACGCCGACUCCCUGCCAUUUAGCACCGCUCCUGCUAAUGGCAACUUCCUAGACCUCUACGACGUAACGACCUGGACGCCUCGUCGAGGCCAGACCGCAACAGGAGGAUACCCUACCUUCGAGCAAAUCAGGCAGGGCGUCGACGUGACUCGAGAGCCGACAGGCGAGGAUGCUGGCGUAUUCACGCGUACUGUGCAGUUGGUCUUUGCAAACUACGAUGCCGACUGGCAUCGCGCGCAUCGCAUCGAUGAAGUCCCAGCAAUCGCCGGGGCUCUGAGUAUCCAACCGACCAACGAGGCACAGAAUACUGCCACAUGGGAUCAGAAUGCCCUCACUCGGCUCAACAAUAAUGUCGCACAAAGAGCUGCCUUCAUGUACCAGAAGAUGCUGAACGUAGCCGAGAAACAGCAGGCAGGCGAGAAGCGUUGGAGGGAGAAUCGGAUUCUUGUAUUCGGGUUUCGGGGAGGAAUGGCGUUGAUUUCUGGUUUGCUUUCAGAAGGGGCGCCUACAUUGAAUAUACCCAAAUUGCAUUUCGUUACUGAAUUCUUCAGUCUGAUCCCAGAUAUAAAAAUUCACUUCCUUGCGAUUGACGGGUUCGUGAUUCUUACGGAAAUUUCAGGUCGAUAUGUGAAGAAGCGCAAUGCUCACCAACGCAACCCGGCUCAGUCAGCACUGCGGGACUAG